GUAGAGUUUAUUGCCAUUUCUACCUAGAUUUACACAACUGUAUCACCGCUUCUGACGUCAAAAUGGACGUCCCGUCACUUCUCAGAGAGCUGGCGGGGAAGGCGGGGAGCCCAGGAGCACGGGCCAGCGCCCCCCCAGCCCAGCGGGCUGGAGCACAGCCCCUGUCGUGGCUCUGCCCCGCGGUCAGCCCGGAUCCUCCCAGCGCUGCCGCACAGCUCUGCCCCGGUGCCUGCCAGAGAGGGGUCAAUCUGUCCCCUCCUUCGGGCUUCUCGCAGUGCUGGCCCCCCAGCCACAGCUGCUCGCCGUUCCAGUCUUGCCUCGAAUCCCCCAGCUGUACAGACAUGGGCACGGGCGGCCCAGAGCAGGGCAGCCCACAGCCUUGUGGGCACUGCUCACGCGUGUGUUUAUACAUUGAUACAGCUACAGAAGAUGCCCAAACUAAUAAAACAAGCUUUUUUUUUCCUUGUAAUCCCCACACUGAUGUGCGUACAGCCAUGCACUACGCCGCAACGGCCACCACCGGUGCUGCUCAGUCAGGUUUGGCUUCCAGCAUGCUCCUGGGUGGCGAGCGGGACAAAUCUGCAUUGCUCGCUAAACAACGGUCUUCCUCCAACGUCAGGCUUUGCCAGAAAGAGACCCCCCCCCCUGCACAGUGCAGCCAAGGCAGGGGACUCGGCGCACGCUCCUUCCAACCGUGGAUUCCCAUUAAAGUGCCAAAGGCCGCCUGGCACUGCCAGGGUGUUGUGGACGCCCAGGUUUCAGCAGAGCCUGGGACGGGCAGGCUACAGAUUUACUCCUGGCACACGGCGGGUUGGAUGGGGAGGGGGUCAGCUGCCCGCGUCUCCCUCGCAGAAGAGCAUCCUCAUGCAGGAGACGGCCGCUGGCUCUGCUGGCUGGCCAGGGUUGCCCAGGGUGGGCACGGCUCAGCGCCGGGGUCUGGCAGUCCUUCGUGUGAGAUGAAGGCAGAAACAAUUUUGCAGGAGAUUAAGUAGAAAGAG